AUAAACUCAGCAAAAAAACUAAAAAUAAAUAAUCAUCAUGUCACAAAAUAGACCAAUAGCUGUAUCAAGAAGACACCCAAAUCAAAGAAAUGAUGAAUCAGUUGAGAGUAAUUCUAAUAACUCAAAUCGUUUAUUACAAAAUAAUCGUCUUCCACCUUCAAUUGUUGAACAAUUUCGUGAAUCAUGGCUAACAGCAAUUAUUGGAUUAAUAUUAUUUGCAACUGGAAUGUGUUUAUUAUUUUGGAAUGAGGGAAAAGCAGCUUCUAUAGCUCAAUCACUUGAUGAAGCAUUAGAAAAUAUUGCACUUAUUAGUGACAUUCAAAAUAUUCCAGAAGAAUAUAAUGGUCGUUUGGUACAUUUAUCUGGUCCAUUAUCAAUAAGUGAACCACUUACUGAGCCUGAUUAUGGUAUUGUUGUUGACAGUGUUAAAUUAAAACGACGAGUACAAAUGUAUCAGUGGAUUGAAUAUGAAGACAGUGGACUUGGUGAAGCUGAAAAUCAUGAUGAUCCUAAAAAUUAUUAUUAUACAACUGAAUGGAAAGAUAAGCUAAUUGAUUCAGAUUCAUUUUAUAUACGUAAUGGUCAUGAAAAUCCAACAGAAAUACCAAUAAAAUCACAAAUACAAAUUGCUGAAGAAGUUAAAAUUGGUAAUGUUAUAUUAGGUGAUGAAAUGAAGAAUAAAUUUACUGAAUUUUUGGAAAUAACAAGUGAUCAAAGACCAGAUCGUGUUGAUAUUAAAAUGCAUUCUGGUCUUUAUUAUCACAGUGCUGAUCUUUGGAAUCCUCAUGUUGGUGAUAUUAGAAUUCUAUUUUUAUAUGCUGGUAAAGCUAAUGAUAUUUAUUCAAUUGUUGGUAAAUUAAGUGAUGGAAUUAUUGUUCCUUAUGUCACAACAAGAAACGAAGUUAUAUUAUUACAAAGAAAACAUACUGUUGAUGUACAUCAAAUGUUUCAUUUAGAACAUGUUCAUAAUUACUGGAGAACUUGGACAAUAAGGGGUCUUGGUUGGUUAGUAUUAUUUUUAGCAGCAACAUGCCUGGCAAAUAUACUUAAAACAAUCAUAACAAAUUCAUCGUUUUUAUAUGGGAUUAUUGAAAUUGAUUCAAUAACAAUGUCAGUGUCAAUGUCAAUAAGUCUUUUGGUUGUUGGUUUUGCCUGGGUUUGGUAUCGUCCAAUUGUUGCAUUGUGUUUGGCACUUGCUUCAAUUGUACCAUUUAUUUAUUCAACAUUUUUUUCAAAUGAUGAUGAACGUCAACAGGGUCGUGCAGCAUAUCGAAGAAUUUAAUUUAUGAAUUGAAAAUUAUUAAUAAUAAACGCACCAAAGUACUCAUUAA